UGCGUGAGGUGGAUUAGCGGUCUAGAAGGGGAGCUGUGUGGAACGGAGUUCUACGCAGUUCUUUUUCUUCGCGGCGCGCGGACAUUGGCCGUUUGUGGUGGGGUGGAGUGAAAGCGUAAGGCUCAGUUGCCGACUGAGGUUUUCAUCGCUUUCAUAAUAAGCCUGAGCUGGUGCAGCUUUUGUGGAAACCAGGCUAUGCAGUGAAACCAUCUGUACAGGCCAUCUCUGUGUCAGGAGACUUGUCUGGUGUUUCUCAGCUUGAAGAAGAUCUCCGGUCAUUAUUGAUCCCUUUUCUUGGCGUUACCUUUUUGAAGUGAAGUUUGCCUAGCUUUCUAGUGUGAGCUUUCUUUUUGAGACAUCUCUAACGUUUGAUCCGUAAUAGACAAGCUAUAGCUCAGCAAUGUCCAAGUCGUUCCAGCAGUCAUCUCUAACUAGGGAUUCCCAAGGUCAUGGGCGUGACCUGUCUGCAGGAAUAGGCCUUCUUGCUGCUGCUACCCAGUCUUUAAGUGUGCCAGCAUCUCUUGGAAGGAUGAACCAGGGUACUGCACGGCUUGCUAGCUUAAUGAAUCUUGGAAUGAGUUCUUCAUUGAAUCAACAAGGAUCUCAUAGUGCACUGUCUUCUGCUAGUGCAUCUUCCCAUACCUUACAGUCUUUAUUUAACCUUGGAAGUAGAGGCCCACUCCCUUUGUCUUCUCAGCACCGUGGAGAUACAGAGCAGGCCACUAACAUUCUGGCCAGCUUUGGUCUGUCUGCUAGAGACUUAGAUGAACUGAGUCGCUAUCCUGAGGACAAGAUCACUCCUGAAAACUUGCCUCAAAUUCUUCUGCAACUUAAAAGGAGGAGAGCUGAAGAAGUCCCUUCACUGAGUUAUGCUAGAGAUGGCAGAUCAGCUGCACGGGAUCCUCCGUACAGAGUACCUAGGGAUGAUUGGGAAGAGAAAAGGCAUUUUAGAAGAGAUAGCUUUGAUGAUCGUGGUUCUAGUCUCAACCCAGUGGUUGACUAUGAUCAUGGAAGUCGGUCUCAAGAUUCUUAUUAUGACAGACUGGAUUUUGAAGAGGACAGAUUAAGAGAUGGAGAAAGGUGUAGGGAUGACCCUUACUAUGGCGAGACAUCGCAUAAGUACCGUAAAUUUGACAGUGAGUAUGAGAGAUUGGGUCGUGUCCCCGAGAGAUCUCUCUUUGAGAAAAAGAGGGGUGCUCCUCCAAAUAGCAAUGUUGAAGACUUCCAUGGACUCUUACCGAAGGGUUAUCCCCAUCUGUGCUCUAUCUGUGAUUUGCCCGUUCAUUCUAAUAAGGAGUGGAGCCAGCAUAUCAAUGGAGCAACACAUAGUCGACGUUGUCAACUUCUCCUUGAAAUAUACCCGGAGUGGAACCCUGAUAGCGAUUCUGGAAUUGGGUUGAGUGAUCCGUUCAUGUUGCAGCAGUCUACAAAUCCUGCCCCAGGAAUUUUGGGACCACCACCACCUCCUUUUCAUCUUGGACCACCAAUUGGAUCAAGAGGACCUGGAAAUGGAAGUAUGCAAGGACCAAGACACAUGCAGAAGGGAAGACAGGAGACAAGCAGAGUUGUUCACAUUAUGGAUUUUCAGAGAGGAAAAAACUUGAGAUAUCAGCUGCUGCAGCUUGUUGAACCAUUUGGAAUGAUCACAAAUCACCUUAUCUUAAACAAAAUUAAUGAGGCAUUUAUUGAAAUGGCUUCCACUGAAGAUGCACAGGCUGUCGUAGAAUAUUAUUUGUCAACACCAGCAUUAGUGUUUGGCAAACCUGUAAGAGUACACUUAUCACAGAAGUAUAAAAGAAUAAAGAAACCAGAAGGGAAGCCUGACCAAAAAUUCGAACCUCCCAAACAAGAACUUGGCCGUGUGAUCCAUCUCAGCAAUUUGCCGAAUUCAGGGUAUUCUGACAAUGCUGUACUCAAGCUAGCAGAGCCCUAUGGGAAAAUAAAGAACUACAUACUGAUGAGAAUGAAGAGCCAGGCGUUCAUAGAGAUGGACACCAGAGAAGCUGCCGUUGCCAUGAUGGAGCAAUGUUCCGACAGAGCCCUUUGGUUCCAGGGUAGAUGUGUGAAAGUAGACUUGUCUGAAAAAUACAAGAAAUUGGUAUUAAGGAUUCCUAACAAAGGAACAGAAUUGCUGAAGAAAGAUAAACCGCGAAAGAGAGGCCUUUCUCCAGACAGUAAAGAUUCUGGAAGUGAAAAGAAAUCCAAGACAGACGAUAGCGAUAAAAAUGAAACGAGCAGUGUUGAAGACAAAGACGAGAAGAAAGAAGAGGCAGAGCCAAUGGAAACCAAAGACAGUGAGCAGGCAGACCAAGAUGAAUCCAAUUUGGUCCUUGAAUCGGAGGAUGAGCUGUUGGUGGAUGAGGAGGAAGCGGCAGCAUUACUAGAGAGUGGCAGCUCAGCCGCUGAUGAUGCUGAUGUUGCCAACAUGGGUGAUGUAGCCACGGAAGAAAAGGUGGCAGCUGAUGCUGAUGCUGGCGUCACAGCUGAAGGGAAUGAGGGAACCACGGCAGCAGCAAAAAAACUCAAAAAGAAGCACGCUGGUGGAUUUCCAAAAAGCAUGGAAGGUUUUGUCACUCUAGAUGAAGUUGGUGAUGAGGAGGAUUCAGAUCAUCAGAAACGUAAAGCUGCCAUGCUUAAGGCUGCCAUAAGCGGCAUGACUGAAAGCAAGGCAGGUACAGCUGACGAAAGUGAGGCGGACAAUGAAGCGAUGGAGAAUGGUGCCAAAACAGAGAGCAUGACGCGGGAAACAUCUGAUGGGACCAACAACGCUGCAGCCCUGGAUGCAGAAAGUACAGAAGCUCAAGAAACUCAGGCUGCUGUUCCCGAUGAAUACAGAAUUGGACCAUAUCAGCCAAAUGUCCCUGUUGGCGUGAACUUUGUGAUACCCAGAUCUGGAUAUUACUGCCGAUUGUGUUCCUUGUUCUAUACAAAUGAAGAAACAGCAAAAAAGACCCACUGCAGCAGUCUUUCCCACUACCAAAAGUUGAAGAAACAAAUGGAGAAAAUGGCUGAAGGACAAAAGCAGAAAAAGGAUGCGUAAGGGCAACAGAGGCGUGAGGGCUUAAGGAAAAGUGGUUUUAUUUUUUAUGUUAAUACAGUACAAUUGGGGAAAUACUAUGUUAUGUAGCUUUUAGUGGAAUACCGUAGAAGUGUACUUCUGUUAGUGUGUUUAACGUUAUGGUGCAUUUGAAUCAACACCAUCUUUGUUUAAGGAAAAAACGGAUUGGGAUGGCAAAACGGGAUUUUUCUGUGCGGAUCGAGGCAACUCAAGGACUAAGCGUUUUGAACACCAGAACUCACCUCGUCAUUAAUCUUUCUAGGCUUCUAAGAGUAUCCCUAACCUUUUAUUCUGUUCAGUUAAAUGUAAACGGUUACUGCUUUCUGGAGCCAGUCCAGCCAGUCCAGCUGAUGUUUUUAUUUUCAAAGGGUUUCAUAAUUUCAUUUCACUUUUGAGAAGUCUUUACAUGGAAGUUGGUGUGGCUUUUUUUAAAAAAAGGAAAGAUUGGAUGCACCUCCAUUUAAGUGUUGAUGCGUUACUUAGAGAAUAGGAAAAUGGAUAGGCAGCUUUUAAAAAAAAAACCUUGUUGCUCUUUCCCCAGAGUUCUCAUUUCUGUAUUAUGACUAGCAUAAAGUAGAUUCUUAUUCUCCUGACCAGUAUUAUUAUUUUUUCGGAGCUCUUCUUGCUUGCUACUUGAAUUUAGUAGUUUUCAUACAUCUCCAGUAUAAGCAAAAGCAGCAUUGAACCCUAAAUUGUAAAUAGUUACCUUUUUACGUUUGUGACCUUUUUUUUUUUAAUUUUUCAACUCUGAUUCUAAACCUUGUUACAAAGGUGUACCACUGGAAUCAGUGGGCUUUGUUUCAAAGUAACAGGUUAAUGAAUUGGGCCAUGCAUCUUCAAUUUGGUUUAAUCCUAGGAUUGUGCUCUUGAUGUACCUUCAUGUGGCUGAUGUGAAUGGGAGCUUAUGUGUGUAACCUGUUCUCAUGUAGUUUGUUAAUGAUUUACCAGCUAACAUCUAUGUGGAUUCAGUUUGUUAUGGUGACAAAAUAAAACCAAAUCAGUCAAAGUUUAA